CCUGCUAGUCCCGCUCCAGACAACUCCUCCCCGCCCGCAAUGAGCUUGACACAAAGGACCUGUCGCGCGGCGCUCCGCCACUCUGCGCGGCGGGCUUUCUCCACCACCAAUGUCUGCCAGCGGCAGCACUUGCCUGCCUUCAAUGAGUCCUCGACGCCCGAGCUCGGCGCGCUCCUGGACCAGGCAUCGAAGCGGAUUUUCGCGCCGGCGCACCUCAACAAGGCGCAACAGGACCUCGUCUACAAAACCAAGAUGCGGGGACGGUUGGAAGCGGACCCGCUGACCAUGUCGAUCGGCCAGCAAGAGAUCACGCUGGAGCACAUUAACCGGCAUAAGGAGGUGCCGAACCGGUGGGGGGUGUUGAAGGGGGCGAUGGCGCAGUCGAAAACGCGCGAGGACUGGGAGAACGUGGAAAAGCUGGUCGAGGCGUUCCACGGCGCCGACAUGACGCUCAAGAGCGCGUGGCAGGAAAAGUUUGUGCGCAGCGCGUUCGACGCCGGGUUCGGGGACGUGGUGCUGCUGGCGCUGCGGAGCGUGAAAAAGUCAGGCCUCAGUCUGAAGGACCUCUAUGUCACCCAGCGCGUCAUGUGGGGCAUUCAUGAGAACGCGCAGACGGGCGAGUGGGCCGAGGAGCCCACGGCCAAGGCGCUCAAGUACGCAGAGCAGGUCGUCGACCUCAUGGAGGCGAGCGGCCACUGUGGAGAUGAUUUUUGCACGGUCGACGACACCAGGACGCAGCCCUUUGUUGUUGCGCUGCCCUUGGAGAUGGCUGCUGUGCUGGCGUUGAAGCACAACAACGGCAAGGACGUCGAUGGCAAGGUCAAGCUGUACGCGGCGCGGCUGAUGCACAACAUGAAGCACUGGGGCACACCGCAAGAGUCAUAUGAACUCGAGGACUUCCACAAGCCGCCACCUUCCAAGAACGAGUCGGCCUCCGAGACGCGGAGCCGGAAAUUGGGCGACGCCAACGACAAGAUCUCGCGCAUGCUGCCCAUGUGGCACGCGCUGACGCUGGCGCGCAAGGUCCUGCAGCUCGAGAUGCCGUUGAUCGAGGACGCGGAGCGUAUGUCGGACCGGCUGGAGGCUGACAUCGAGGCCCGGAUCCGCAUGGUUGAGGCGAACCUUCUUCCUACCAUUGAUAAGGAGGAGUAUUGGUCUAUCAAGGCGUGGCGGUCUUGCGUUCGGUAGUGCCGUGCGCUGUAUAGAUAGGGGUGGGGAGCUGUGUGGAAUCGAACGCAAGGCGUCGCGUUUAUGCGCCGCGCUGAAUGUAAAAAUAUUCUGUG